AUGUGAUUGGCUAAUAAGUAUAAAAAUUUGGAGAGAUCUCUCUGCAUUGCCUUUGUUGCAAAUGGCUGCGAGUGCGAGCUGUGCUACUCCUUACUCCAACGCUCCGUCUUCUCUCUCACGCUCUUUGUCUCUGCAAUACCGCGAGCUCUGUAACUUGCCAUACAAGUGUAAGCAGCACCAGAAUGUUCGAAUCGGUCUCUCAGCAGAGAACAAUAAGGGCUUUGGAACAUGGAAAACCUCUUCUCCUUCGUCUCUGCGCGUUUGCUGUCUCCGCGAUACCCAAGCUGCAGCUGUCACUGCUAAGUCAUGGGAUAAAUUGAUAUUGAGCAGUGAUACUCCUGUUCUUGUUGAAUUUCAUGCCACUUGGUGUGGCCCCUGCCAGAUGGUUCACCGGGUAAUUGAUGAGAUUGCAGGUGAGUAUUCAGGGAGACUAAAAUGCUAUGUACUGGACGCAGAUCGUGAACCGAAAGUUGCUGAGAACUAUGAUAUCAAGGCUGUCCCUGUGGUGUUACUGUUCAAGAAUGGGGAAAAAUUUGAGUCUGUUAUCGGAACAAUGCCCAAGGAGUUCUAUGUGGCUGCCAUUGAAAGACUUCUAUCUUCAUAAUGAGAACGUCAUGGUAGCAUAUGCGCAAAUUGGAUAACACUCUACUUCUAUUUAAAAAUUAUCUUCCUCGCUGGUGCCUUGUAAUUGCAUUUUCCUUUUCUAUGAAUCAUCGACUCGUUUUCCUCAACAUUGACUGCCCUCCGUGAAAGCACCUCCGGCUUCUUUCUUCACAAUGAAAUUUGUAUAGGGUCGGUGAACUUGUGAAUAGUGACUGUAGUAGUUAACUAAAGAUGUCCUGUUUCGUUGAUGUGUUUUUGUUGCUGUGACUAGUGACUUGCCUUGAGCUUUCUUAAGAUGAAUAUUAGUAGUAAUAUUUUGCUCCAA